GGGUUGCGUGCAUUCCCUUCGGUGAAUACCUACUGCCAGUAGAGCACGCUGUGAGAACUGGUGUACCUGAGGUAUUUUUGGCAGGGACAGUGUGGCUCUGGUUUGUUCUCAGUUUCAGUUGACCAAAGACAUGGUGAUGGAGAAGCCAAGUCCCCUGCUGGUCGGGCGGGAAUUUGUGAGGCAGUACUACACUCUACUUAACCAGGCACCAGACUAUUUACACAGGUUUUAUGGUAAACAUUCUUCUUAUGUCCAUGGGGGAUUGGAUUCUAGUGGAAAACCAGCUGAUGCAGUUUAUGGACAAGCAGAGAUCCAUAGGUUCUGUGGCAAACAAGUUUUAUGUCCACAAUGAUAUCUUCCGAUACCAAGAUGAGGUAUUUAGUGACUCUGAUGCAGAAGCACCAGAAGAAUCUGAAGAGGAGGAAGAGGAGGAGGAAGAGGAGGUGGAAGAACCAGAAGAGAGACCACAAUCCCCAGAAGUAGUUCCAGAAGAUCCUAGUCCUUACUUUGAACAAGCAGGGAGCAAUGAAACAGAUGAACACUUGGAUGACCAGGUUGUUGAACCAGAGCAAGAACCAGAACCGGAGCAAGAACCAGAUCCAGAACCUGUAGUACAGGAGGAAAAAGUGGAAAUUGUUUCAGAAGAACCUCCUCUUGAAGAACCUGUGGAAAGGUGUCCUUCACCAACACCUGCUGACCCAGCUCCUAUAGUUCAGGAGGAUUCCAGGGCUUUUUCGUGGGCAUCUGUCACAAGCAAAAAUCUUCCUCCCAGCGGUGCCGUUCCUGUGUCUGGUAUACCACCUCAUGUUGUCAAAGCACAGAUCUCACAGCAGCCUCGGCCAGAAUCUAAACCUGAAUCUCAGACGCAGCCACAGAGACCACAGAGAGAUCAGAGGGUAAGGGAGCAAAGAACAGGAGUUCCUCCACCACGAGGACCAAGACCAGCUCGUGACCCUGAACAAGGUGAUGCUGAAAUACGUAGAGUUGUGAGGUACCCAGACAGUCAUCAGCUUUUCGUUGGAAACCUGCCUCAUGAUGUUGAUAAAGCAGAAUUGAAAGAGUUCUUUCAAGGUCAUGGAAAUGUUGUAGAGUUGAGAAUCAACAGUGGAGGGAAGUUGCCCAACUUUGGAUUUGUUGUGUUCAGUGAUCCAGAGCCUGUUCAGAAAAUCCUCAACAGUAGGCCUAUCAUGUUCAGAGGGGAUGUGCGUCUGAAUGUGGAAGAAAAGAAAACCAGGGCAGCCAGAGAGGGUGAUCGCAGAGACAGCAGAAUCCGAGGACCUGGUGGAAUGCGAGGUGGUCUUGGAGGACCCAGGGGACAGUCGCGUGGAGGAAUGGCCCCAAAACCUGGCUUUGGGAUUGGAAGAGGCAACAGCCAACGCCAGUGAUUCCACAAAGACCAUCAUAACAUCAGCCCAUAUUUUGUUCCUGCAGUGUUGUGAUAAUUUCAUCCUUUGGGUUUUGUUUGUUUUUGGAAUGUGGUUCCAGGCCUGUUUAUAGACUGCUGCUUUGAUAUCUGGCCCUUUGAAUUUUUUUUAAUUUCCUAAUCCUUGUCCAGAUUUCAAGUUUGGAAGUUGUCAUAAAAAUGGCUGUAUAGCUCUGUUACUUGAAUUCACUGAAAAUUUAUGGACUGGAGUUUUGUCAAGCGCAAGCAGUCUCCCCAGAUUCCGAUACACAUUGUUCCUCUACUGAAAUGAAAUGCGUCUCAGUGAUUGGAAUAAACUUCUGUUUUUAACUUGCACAGACCGAUAAGCAGAACUGAACUACAGCACUCAGAGUGCACUCUGGGUAGAUAAUGGUAGUCCCUUGUGGGUAUUAGGAGACUGAGCCAAAGAGUGCCACUUUAAAGUUUUUGUCAUUUUUUUAACCCCCUUGCAGUGCACUUCUAAGCAAAAAGUGUUAAUAUGGUUGUAUUAAAAAAAAUCAAGAACUCUAAAACUGUAAUUUACUAUUUUUACCACUUCUGAGUUUUAAAUUUUGGGAUGGUUUUUAAAUGUCUAGUACUUGACUCCUACAACAUGUUUCUCAACUUGUGAAUUUUUUUAUUCAGAUAGGGAAAUUCUUUUUCAUGUUUAGUUUGUAUUUGUAAAAAAGCGAAUGGUUGUGCCUUCUAUUUAUCUCUCAUUCCAGUCUUGACAAACUUGUAUAAAUAAAGUGUAGAUUUGCUUUAUUAACUGUCUUAAAUAUAUUGAGGGUGGGUAGCUUACAGAAUUUUGUGGAGGAAGUGUUCAUUUUUUGGACUGUCUUGAGUAACCCUUGCAGAGCAUUUUUGUCAUUGAACUGUUGAGGUCUCUCUCUGUUGGCUGAUUGUGCCAAGAGUACUUGCACUGAGCCUGAUUGACCUUCCUUCUUGGACGUUGCAGAUCAUCCUCAAGUUGCAGUGAACUGUAAUUUCCCAAGCAUUGGAGUAAUUAAACUGCAUCUGCUCCACAGUGCACCUAAUGUUUAAAUAAAAUGGUCAUUUUCACUUUC